GCAUGGGCAGAGGCUUCCGGACUGCGCGAUGAGCGGAGGGUAACUUCCGAGUCUGCAGACAAGAGGGGAAGAUGAAGGAAGACUGUCCGCCCAGUUCUCACGUCCCCAUCAGCGACAGCAAGUCCAUCCUGAAGUCGGAGCUCUUAAGCUUGCUAAAAACUUACAACUGCUACCAUGAGGGCAGAAGCUUUCAGCUGAGACACCGAGAGGAAGAAGGUGCUUUGAUCAUCGAGGGACUUCUCAACAUUGCCUGGGGACUGAGGCGGCCUAUCCGGCUCCAGAUACAGGACGACAGGGAGCGAGUGCACCUCUCCUCAGCCUCCUGGACACCCGGACAGCCCGGCUGCCCCCUAAAGGAGCCACUUCUUCAGGAUGGCAGGGUCCCUGCCCAGGAGCCAAGCACUCAGACAGCACCCAGAGCCGAGAGUUCCAGACACAGCUCAGAGCCCCUGGAGGAGGACGAGGAGACCCCCCAGCUGAUGCGGACCAAGAGUGACGCAGCAUGUGUGAUCCAGAGGAGGCCCCGGGCCCGCGCACCCGGCGAGGCCCAGAGGAUCCGGCGACAUCGCUUCUCCAUCAAUGGGCACUUUUACAACCACAAGACCUCGGUGUUUACUCCUGCCUAUGGGUCCGUGACCAACGUGAGGGUCAACAGCACCAUGACAACUGUGCACGUGCUCACCCUGCUGCUGAACAAGUUCCGAGUGGAAAAUGGCCCCAGUGAGUUUGCGCUCUACAUUGUUCACGAGUCUGGGGAGCGAACAAAAUUAAAAGACUGUGAGUACCCACUGAUUUCCAGAAUCCUGCACGGGCCAUGUGAAAAGAUCGCCAGGAUAUUCCUGAUGGAAGCCGACCUGGGAGAGGAAGUUCCCCACGAUGUCGCUCAGUACAUUAAAUUUGAAAUGCCGGUGCUGGACAGUUUUGUUGAAAAAUUAAAAGAAGAGGAGGAAAGAGAAAUAAUCAAACUGACCACGAAGUUCCAAGCCCUGCGUCUGACGAUGCUGCAGCGCCUGGAGCAGCUAGUGGAGGCCAAGUAGCCAGCCAGCGCCGGCCUCUUCAGAAGCCCCCCAACUGCCAGUGCACACUGAGUGUGGGGGGCCGGGCCCUGACUGGUCACACGGACUGAGAGCCACCGGCUGGGGAAUCAAGCCCCCGUGCUUCUACCUGUCUAUCUGCCUGAGUACCAUGCGCCCCAUGUCCCUGGCUCUUGGCUCCAAGCUGAGCACUCACCGGGCCCAGAGCCAGGCCUGAGGAGCCACAAAUUUGCUCGGUGGGGUCUAUGUGUGAGGCUUGCCUGGGCAGUAAGCAGCUCUGAAGCUGGGGCACUGGCCACAUUAUGUGGCUGGAUGGCGUGGCCAGUCCUGUUCA